UAUCCACAAGCAUAUCAACCAUGUUCAAGCUAGUUGCCGUGUUAAGCUGCCUCGUGGCGAUCAGUCUGGCCAUGCCGGCCAGCGAGCUCUCGCAACCGAUUCCAGUCCCAGAAGCCCAGGACAGUCCAGCGGUGUUGGUGGUUGAGGCUGAAAGUGAUGAUCUGGCCGGUGCUGAGACGGCUCACCACGGAUAUGGCGGCGGCUAUGGUGGAUACGGAGGCUAUGGCGGUGGCUUCGGAGGCUAUCCGCAUGGCGGCUAUGGUGGAGGAUUCGGUGGAGGCUACGGAGGCGGUUUCGGUGGAUUCGGAGGUGGAUACGGACACGGCGGAUACGGUGGAUACGGUGGUCAUGGACACCAUCAUCACGGAUAAG